AUGCAGGCGUGGAAGCUGAGAGAGGAAGGUAGGUUAUUAGACAUUGUUGAUCCAGAACUAACUGAAUACCCGGAGGACGAGAUAAUUCGAUUCAUCAAAGUUGCUCUAUUUUGUACCCAAGCAGCUUGUAAUCAAAGACAAGGAAUGAAGCAAGUGGUGGAGAUGCUUUCCAAAGAAGUAAUACUCAACGAGAAGUUAUUGACGGAGCCAGGGGUACAUUUGGCACAUACCUCUCGAGGAUUGAUUGGUGAUAGUUCGCGGGUGACCUCUCACUUUGCGACACAGAUGUUAUUUCGUUCCAAAGUUGUUGAUAAUGCCCAUGUUUUCCCUAUAUUUACCACCAAGUAUAACACAAGUAUAACACAACUGCUUCUCAAUUUCAUUGAUCAAAUGGAAAUCCGCAUAGCUAAAAUGAACCAAGGGGAGAAUGACAAUGGGGAGGGUCUUCGGCGCAUUACAUCCACCAUCGGUGCCAAACUCGGUGAAGGUGCCCAGAAAACUGAAUGGUUCUCUUCAGCUUGCAUUUAUAGGGUUCCCAAAGAUCUUCGUAAGGUGAAUCAUCGCGCCUACACCCCUCGCCUCAUAGCUGUCGGCCCUCUUCACCGAAACGACAAACACCUCCAAACACCCAUGCAACACAUCAAGGUGAUAUACACGAAUGACCUACUUAGUCGAUUGACCGUAGGGCUGGAGGGCAUGGAAUCAGUGGAGAAGAAAAACGCUGUGUUGCAAGAAUGUUUAGCUGAAAUGAACAAGUCAAUAAACGAUGCAAAGAAGUGCUAUCUUGCCGAAGUUAAGCUGGAUGAGGAAAUGAUGUUGGUCGAUGGUUGUUUCAUCCUUGAAUUUCUCUACAGAGCACGAUUACUCCGGGUCGAAGAUAAUGAAAACAAGCCUAUUGAUGGCGGAGACAAUGGCAACUCAAAGAGAAACACAUUUGGGAGUUCUGUUUCUAUGCUACGUUAUGGUCCAUUUGGUUGGUUCCAAAUGACUUUGUCUUCAACAACUCUUCUAAACAACCAUGGGAGGUGGGGGAUUUGUAUAGAAAUACUUGCCACUCAAUAUGGAAUACUUACCACUCUAUAUGACAUACUUACCACUCAGUGUAGAAUUAGUUCAUGUAAAGUGGUAAGUAUUCCACAUGAAGUGGGACACGAUCCUAUUUUUGAUAACAGCUUGAUCCGCUACGCCGUAGAAAGUGACUUGAUAUCCUUGGAGAACCAGAUACCUUUCUUUGUGCUUGAGAAAUUGUUCUCGCUCACUGUGGGUCGGAUACCGAAUAGUCUCCUCGAGGACCGGUCGCUCACUGAUUAUGUGUUUAAGUACUUUCGCAACAUGACUCUAUAUGAUGAAUUCUUGUCUCUAUUGCUCCGCGGUCCAGCUCAUGAAGAAAGUGUCCCCGACAGUAGUAGCGCGAAAACUUGGUGUCCGCCCUGUGACUGUGUCCUAAGGAUUUUUGGCAACAAAGUGGAAAGUUCUACAACAGCAGCAGAAGAAGAAAAAAAUGGUCAAAGUGGUAAUUCUAUUGAUCGCCGUAAUGCUAAUUACUAUCAUAUCCUCCAUAUUUUACAUGAUGGCUUCCUUCCUGAAAAACGACCUAUUCUUUCUUCCGAAAAGAAAGAGAUGGCAACCGAUCCAACUGCUGAAGUAGGAGUCAUGUCUUCUGCAUCAGAACUCGUUUAUGCAGGGGUCAAGUUUGUACCCGGCAAGACAAAGGAUGACGCGUUCAAGGUCAAGUUCACGGAACCAGAAGGCCCGUUUCGGUGGUUUCGUAGGGCUCAGUUCGAAAUCUCACCAAUUUUUCUAGUCGACAACACGGAGUCAUUGCUCAGGAACCUCAUUGCCUUUGAGCAGUGCUGCCCUGGCGUUUCAAGGUACGUUUCGUCCUAUGCAUGGCUCAUGGACAUGCUCGUGAACUCUGAUAGAGAUGUCCAAGUGCUCGAAAAGGCCAGAGUCGUGAGUAACUACUUGGGUGCUAGAAAGGGCGCCACCGAUCUAUUCAACAAGCUAGGCAUUUUGGUUUUUUCAGGAGACCACUACAAUGACACGAUGGUCAAAGCCACCCUGUAUAGCCAGCGUUUUUGGCCGAAGCAUCUGGCACUCUUGAGACGCAGGUAUUUUGAUUCUCCGUGGACGUUCAUAGCUUUUUGUGUUGGCCUCGUUGCUUUUGUCAUGACGUUUCUUCAAUUCAUCCGCGAUUUCGUCAAAAAAGAAUAAGGCGGCCAUGGAUCGAUGUAGCUGUUAGGGAACAGAGAGAUGGCCUGUUAAUAAAUCAAGUGGGUGUGCAUCUUGAUGUUGUGGCUGGAACUUGGAACUAGUAUGCAUAUAUGUGUUGCAUCUAUAAAUAAGCAGUGAGAG